GGGCACAGGAAGCGGAAAGCGGCGGCGAACGGCGGCCGCCGCCGGGGGAAGGCGGCGGAGGGCUGGGGCUGGCCGAGCGGGCAUGGGGGAGGCAGGCCAACCGUGAGGAGCAGAGCACCCUCUCUCCUCCCCAUCUGGAUGGAUUCCUUGUAAGGGAAGCGCACUCAAGUCCCCAAGGACCAGGCCUCACUGAUGACUGGGAAGCAAAGAGUACCCAGGAAAGCACUUUUAUCACGGACUCCACCUCAGGAGCACCAGGAACUCGUCUCUAAGUAAAAUCUGUGCUGCCGUCCGUGCAGACCCCAAUGUCUGCUGCAAUGGAUACAGAAUCAACGUAUUCGGGAUACUCCCAUUACUCAGGUCACUCCAAAAAAGCCCACAGACAAGGGAGUCGUGACAGGCACAAAUCGCCACGAAGCAAAGACGGCAGUCGAUCCGAGAAGUCCGUCACUAUCCAGGCACCUCCUGCAGAGCCGCUGCUGGGGAAUGAUGCCUCUCGGACAGAGGAGGGCCAGGAUGACAACUGGGGUGAGACCACAACAGCAAUCACAGGCACCUCUGAGCACAGCAUUUCCCAGGAGGACAUAGCCAGGAUCAGUAAGGAUCUGGAGGACAGCGUUGGGUUGGACUGCAAACGUUACCUGGGUUUAACAGUGGCAGCUGUUCUCGGACUCCUCGUCUUCCUUACCCCCAUCGCCUUCAUUCUGUUACCCCAGGUCCUGUGGCGGGAUGAUCUGGAGCCGUGUGGUACUGUCUGUGAGGGACUGUUCAUCUCUGUGGCGUUUAAACUCCUCAUUCUUCUGAUUGGGACCUGGGCUCUGUUCUUCCGCCAGCCCAAGGCAGACCUACCGAGGGUGUUUGUGUUUCGGGCCCUCUUGUUGGUCCUCAUCUUCCUGUUUGUGUUUUCCUACUGGCUUUUUUAUGGCGUUCGCAUCUUGGACUCGAAGGACACCAACUACCAAGGAAUAGUGCAGUAUGCGGUGUCCCUGGUGGAUGCUCUGCUCUUCAUUCACUACUUGGCCAUUGUGCUGCUGGAGCUACGGCAGCUGCAGCCCAUGUUCACUGUCAAGGUAGUUCGGUCAACAGAUGGAGAGUCGCGAUACUACAGCUUGGGGCAUUUGAGCAUCCAGCGAGCUGCACUGGUGGUUCUGGAAAAUUACUACAGAGAUUUCCCUGUCUACAACCCAGCGUUGUUAACAGCCUCUAAAUCCCGUGCAGCCAAGCACAUGGCUGGCCUGAAAGUCUACAAUGUUGAUGAAGGCCCAGGUAACAACGCCUCAGGGCAGUCCCGCGCCAUGAUCGCAGCCGCUGCCCGUCGCAGAGACUCCAGCCACAACGAGCUCUACUACGAAGAGGCCGACCACGAGCGCCGAGUUAAAAAACGUCGGGCGAGGCUUGUGGUUGCAGUAGAGGAGGCUUUCACUCAUAUCAAACGCCUCCAGGCAGAAGAACAGCAGAAGGCUCCAGGAGAGAUGAUGGACCCCCGAGAAGCAGCCCAGGCAAUCUUCCCCUCCAUGGCAAGAGCUCUGCAGAAGUACCUUCGCACCACCCGCCAGCAGCAGUACCACAGCAUGGAGAGCAUCUUGCAACACUUGUCCUUCUGCAUCACCAAUAACAUGACACCAAAGGCAUUCCUGGAGCGUUACCUCAGCCCUGGCCCAACCCUCCAGUACGACAGGGAUCGCUGGUUCUCCAAGCAGUGGACGCUCGUUAGCGAGGAAGCGGUCACAAGCGGGUUGCAAGACGGGAUUGUUUUUGUCCUCAAGUGCUUGGACUUCAGCCUUGUUGCUAAUGUGAAGAAAAUCCCCUUCAUCAAACUCUCAGAAGAGUUCAUAGACCCUAAGUCUCAUAAAUUUGUCCUUCGCUUACAGUCCGAGACUUCAGUCUAAGGGAUUUCGAGGGUGGGUUGUUUGGGGAUUUUUUUUUCAAUAUUGUGCUUUUGGGUUUAAUUUCCCCAAUGCUGACUGAAACUGGCAGAUGAUGGACCAGUAAUAUUUGACCAUCUGCACUUUAUUUGGAAAGGGGUGGGGGGAGCUGGGAUAUCUUAUCUAGAAAGAAAUAUCUUAAGAGGCAACAGGGUGACUUGGCUCGGUUAGCUCAGCCUUGGAGACAGAACAGAUUUUUUUAUUUUUUUCCCCCCCUUUCCAGGCAUGUUGUAAAUCUCACGCUCUCUUUCUCUGCACAAUUGCAACGUCUGUAUUUUUGUUGGAAUGCUGCCUUACACCGUGUGCGCGUGCGUGCUCCUGUGUCUCUGCUACCUGUAGCUAUUUCUGAGAAUACGCUGCUCACCUCUCCACCAUAGAGAUCUGCUUGUAUAAGUGGUAUUUGCAGUUCCUUUUCACUUAGGAAGGAGAGGGUAUCAAAGACUGGGUGUGAGAGGUUUUUCUUCUGUCAGCCACACAACCUUAAGACAAACUUCUGUUGUUUUUUUUUCCUCCUGUUCUCCAUGUGCCCUCUUAUCAGUGCUGGACCUGUGUGAGCAUAGUGGGAUGGUUUUGCUGCCUGUUUCUCAGUCUCUGUGAAGUUGCUUGUCUCGAACUGGAUCAGCCUAUCUUGCAGCUCUUCAAAAAAAAAAUUUUUAGCGGUGCUUGUUAGUGAAACUGGUCUGCGUGACACAGCUCCCUUUUUCUCUCUCUCUAUCAGCUGCUCCAUCCCUCCUGCUUACCCCCUCCUUUGUCGGGCCCUCCCAAGGCUCCCCAUUUCUGUCCCUUUUUGCCUGCCUUUCUAAACGUGUUUCUCCAGUCACGGUCCCCUCGGGGUCUGCCUUACCACUUUUUCCUCUCACACCUGCAGGGUUUGCACGUUUGCACCGGGGCAAAGUAGGUAAGUAGCCAGCUCCUUCUCAGAUACAUCACAGACCACCCCUAUGCCUGGCAGCCCCUUGGAGGGGAAAGGGAGCGUGUACAGGAAUGUGUCCCUUGCUCUCCAGGGGCUUCAAGUGCGUCUGGAGGACAGACAGGCAAAAGCACUUCCCUCCUCGAGGAGGGGAGCCAGGGAAGGGCUGGCCUCUGCCGACUCCCCUUGCUCUGAAGAACUGCUGCGAUCUACAAACGCUGCAACAUGUCCUUCUUUCCCCACCUUCAGCUGUAGCUGAAAAAUACCAAACUCUGUCUGAAUGUUGAAAACCUGCCUACCUUUCUUGGCCUUUCUCUGCCGUGGGGGUCCCUCCUUAGUAGCGGGACAGCCUGCUGUUUCUCUGCUUUUGUGAGACUUGUAGCUCCUAAAAUUGCAGUUUGGUUUCGAAAGCCUUCUUUGCCCAUCAGUGCAGCUUUUCUGUGUGACUUUUGUCAUCUGAGUUUUAUGGGGUUUUGAAAGUUUUCCUCUUAAAGAUGAGCUUAAGCCAGCGUCUGAUUGCUGGCAUAAAGCAUUGCCCUUCAGCCAGGUCCCUCCUAGAGCCUCCCAGCCCUGUGGUGAUGGAUUCACCUGUGUGAGUGGAAACGCUCAGUUCACCCUGCCCAGCCUUUUGCCUUGCAAAUAUCUGUAUCUAGCAGGAGCUGACCUGCCUUCCAUGUAGAUGUCUUAAUGCAAAGGGCCCCGUGUUGGUGAGGUACAAAACCAGUGCCUUUCACUGCGAGGGUCCAUCACUUUCAAAAGUGGGGGGGUGUAUAGUAUCUCACAUAUAGCUCUCCUAAAGAUGUACAUAUCUGGCUUUUAAGAUGUGCGUAACCAGGCAGGGUGGGAGAGACUGGGAGUAGCUUGGGAAACUGUGGAGCACUUCUGCUUGUGUUCAGGCUACUGCCUGUGGCUGAAUUGGCUCGUCUGCACGCAGCCAGAACAAGAACCACCGUGCUGGGGGCUUGGGCGUGCCGUGAAAAUGGGAGCACCUCGAUUCAGGCAAUUCUUUGUAAAACUUUCCUUUCCUAGGAUUUCCUCCACCACCCCUUCUCCCUCCCCCGCAAGGGGGUUGUCUGACGGUAUCUGCUCAGGAAACUCAUGUCUUAAUCCUUAAUUGCAUUGAAUCCUUAAGCGCACGGAGAACCAGACGGAAGCGGUGUGUGCUCGCUCUGCACGCCGUGGUUCGGUGCUGCCUUCUCUGUCUAUCACUGCAAAGGACACUGUCAGCAGGGGCCAGCUCCUGCAUUAAACGCUCUUCCUGGUGUCGGUGUGAAUGCUUUGGCUGAUUAAAAUCAGAAGGAGGGAACUUCACCUCUCAAACGGUCUGCUUGCUCUAGAAUUGCAGCCUGUUAGGGGGUGAGGACGUGCUACAAGGAAUCUGGACUCCUGGGUAUUCCUAAAUUUUUUAAAUAUUUUAUUUCUCUGGAUUUCUGUCUGGGGGCUUAUUUCCCUUCCCCAUGCAAAAUCAAGGGACCAUGAUCAUACCUACCUCACUGGGAUGUUGUGAGGCUAAACUCAACUCGUGAAGUGCUUCAAGAUCCACAGAUGGAUCUGUGAAGUCUGCAGGAACUCAGGCUCUUUAUAAAAAUACUGAGCAGUGAGAGCAGACUGGUUUGUUUAACUCUGUUUAUAGCCAGCUAAUGAGUAAGAAUCGAGUCACAGGGAACGAAGCUCUGAUCCAAAUCCUGCAGUCCUUACUUCUGUAGAGCUUGCCAAGAGCUGAGCGUAAAUAAGGCCUGUGGGGUUUGCCAGCCAAACGCAGGCUGUUUCCCUCUGAACGCCUCUCCUAUCCUGCACCAUCUCCUUGCACGUCCUGCUCCCUCCUCUGUCCCAGCCUGUACGCUUGUAUCUGACUGGGAAUUGAUUUUUAGAAAUCAGGUCGUUUGUGAGACCCUGUUUGUGGUGAAGUUGAUGUAAAAGAACCUUAAGCUGGACAUCUUUCACUGACAGCCAGACCAUUCAAUAAGGUGCCGUGUUGCCUAGCCAGGAGAGGUGUUGCCCCGCUUCUCUCUUCCGUGUUGUUUUUCCUGUGACUCUUGAGAAUGCUGCUCAGACAGUUUAAAGACUCAGAUUUGUUACAGCCUAAAUCCAAAACCGUGCUGAGAUCUUCCAAAAAUCAGAUGCAACUAAGACUUUCCGCUGCCUCAGAGCAGAUGGAAAUGGCUGUGGGUUUCCACAAAGGCUGACUCUCUCUUUCAUGGAUAAAGAGUGAAAAACUAGGAUUUCUUGCAGCUUCUGGGAUUGUGGGGAUGGAUGUUAGGCCCUUAAUACCCUGUCCAUCCUGUAACUAGAGGUGGGUGAAGGUUGUAGGCACAUCUGUUCGCUCCUCGUUGCCUCGUGCCUGCAGCUGUCCUUGUGUAGGGUCUGUGGGGCUGCCCCAGGUCUCCAGCUCCAUUCCUCUUUGAGAGGGGCCUUGGAGAGAGAGGCAGAUGCAAUUUCAGCCUCUGGCGUUCUGCUGCCUCUGAAGUCUUUCUGCCGGCAGCUUUGGUCGCUCCGCCCUGCCAGCAGCGUUCUUCUGAGCUACCUGUUGAGGAAGAACAAAUGCCAGGUGGGGUGGGAAGUGCUGGGCUAUGGUUUGGAGCCUGGGGACAUCUCAUCAGUAGACACAAGUUUGGGGGAGUUCUGAACAAAUCCCAACCCUCAAGGAGCCUUUCCCCUUUUCCUUUGGGACGCUCCACACAGAGCCUAGGGAAUCGACUGUUCCCAAGCGUGCCAAAAGCUGGGGAGAAGCAGUUUCUAAAACGGGCCGUGCGUUAAGUACCUUGUAAAAGCCUUGCUUGAGAUGUGCUUGUUCCAACAUUCGUUACUGAGGGAAGUGGAAAGAUCUAUACUAUGCUAAAUGUGGAAACCUACUCAGGCCAAUUUCAUCUUGCUUACAAAAACUUGUAAAUCUACCCUUUUUUAAUGGUAAAUCAAAAAUCUUGCAGUCUUUUGGAAAAAUGCUGUAGUCUGGUCCCAGGCUGUUCAGUUGUGCUUAGCUCUGCCCUGCCAUGUGAGAGGUUCAUGAGACAUUUGUACAGAUGUCUGUUUUCUCAUUCAGCUUGUGUGUCUAUGUGGCUUUUUCCCUUAUAGGUGUAUGCAUUAUACAUGUCUAAAGCCUCAAGCUAGGCUUGGUGGUUCGGUGUUUAAAUUGUGUGAAGAAGGAAGCACUCUUGGGAUCAAACUGUUUUUUU